UAAAUAUCUGAAAGAUCAAAAAGUUCUUUCUUUUAAUUUAGUAGUGCAGAGAAAUGGAAGUUGUUGAUGGAAAAUGUUUUAUUUGCGCUGAGCAAUACGGAAAUGAUAGUCGAAGUAUUAUGCAGCUGGUUACCAAAUAUUCUGGUACCCUAGUAUUGAAAGUGCUGGAACGCUUUUUAGACAGCGAUUUGUCGGAGAUUGUUCCGACGUUGAUAGCUUCCGUUGUUUGUCAGGAAUGUGUUGUGAAACUGAAUGAUUAUGAUGCGGCCUACACAAAAGCGCUGAUUAUCCAAAAGGAAUUCACCGAUUUGUUGAAGAAAAAUGCGGUAUUUGUUGGAAGAAAUAGUCACGGCGAGGUGAUGUAUUUUAAAGAAGAACCUGAUACAGCUUGUCUAGAUUUUUUGGUGGAAUGUGAUCAAAACUUCGAGGAAAGUAUAGAAAAGCCAUCAAAAUAUAAUAUCAUAGAUACAAGUGAUCGAGGAAAAGUUUCAAUGAAAUGUAAUCUCUGUGGAGAAACCUUUCGUUCCAUGCAUGAAAUGCAAGAUCACUCGCAUACUCCAGACAAGGCAGAGGAAGUGGAUUUUCAUGUUGAAUACAUAGAUGAAACAGACACUUUUAGUCUUGGCGAGGAAUAUGUCGAAGAAGAACAUUUGAAUGAAGAUAUGUACGAGCAGGUACCAUUGGAUAAUCCUGAAGAAGAAACCCAUAGCGAGGACAUAAGCAAACCUAUUCCAGAGGAGACCAUACAUGUUGAGAAAAAACAAGCUUUGUCUGGUCUACAGAAAUGUAGCGUCUGUAAAGUAGAUUUUAAAACCAAGAAAAAAAUGAAGAUGCAUAUAGAAGAGCAUCAUCCGGAUAUCGCAAAAAACGGCAACAAUCAUAAGUGCGAUAUUUGUGGCUUAAAAGUCAAGACGAAGUCCAACCUUUUGUCGCAUAUGGCCAAACAUGAUAGAAAUAAUAAAUUUACGUGCUCGUUUUGCGGGAGAAAUUUUCAGAGUAAUGGCGCGCUAACGAGACAUCUUCCCAUGCACACAGGUGAAAAACCAUACCAAUGCGACAAAUGCGGGAAACAGUUUUGUCAUCAGUCUUCAUUUACCAUGCACAAAUUGAUGCACGAUGACAUUCGUGAGAAGAAAUGUGAAAUCUGUGGGUUUGCUCUGCGUAAUAGCUCCCACUUAAAGCGGCACAUGAGGAUUCAUUCCGGAGAAAGGCCUUUUGAGUGUCCGACAUGUGGCCAGAGGUUUGCUCAGCGAUACAAUAUGACAGCUCAUUUGAAGGCUCACCAGGGAAUCUAUCGUGAACAGUCGCGAAUCUACAAAUGUCCAUUUUGUGAUCAAGUUUUCCAACGAAAACUCAAACUGCAAGAACAUUUGACGCGGCAACACAACACCGUGGUUGAUUCUGUUUUACUCAAACCCUCGGAACGCCAGCAGUUGAAAAAAUUAAGUAUCGAGUACGACAAACCUAUUGAUAAUAAAUGA